AUGUCCCUAUCACGCAGCCCGUCUCCCGUGCCCGGAGGCGGCUGGGCGAGCCCUGGUCUCAACAUCCCGAGCGGUCGAUCAAGUCCGACAAGGGGCGUCACGGGUUCAAAUGGAACGCCCGUCAUGUGGGAAUCUUCAAGGUUAAAACGAGGCGGCUCUGCUGGGUACCCCUCUUUCUCGACUAAGAACGAGGGCUUUUUCGGCAGACACAUGCGCCGUCUAUCUCGCAGCUUGCCACGCUUCAGCACGAGUCCUUACUACGCCGACAAAGAAAAGCUUGGUCGUGGCAGAUGGCCGAUCCACAAUGUGCCCUUACUGGGGAGGAUACGUGGUAUCGUGGGGCGCAUGGGCAGGAGGAUGAAGAUUCGGCUCAUGGUCUUGCUCAUGAUUCUGCUGUCCAUAUUCACCUUUUACAAUACACCUAUGGUGUAUCACUGGAGGAGAACAACGUGGCUGGGCGGGGGACAGAAAUUUGUCAUAAUACUGGGGGCCAACGUUGGUGGCGGGGUGAUGGAAUGGAAGGGAGCGCGAGAGUGGGCCAUUGAGCGAGACUCGGUGCGGAACAAAAAGAAAUAUGUGGCUCGAUGGGGGUACGAUCUUGAGAUCGUUGACAUGAGCACGAAGAAGCGCUAUGCGCACGAGUGGCGCGAGAGCUGGGAGAAGGUCGAUUUCAUCCGCACAGCCCUGAGGAAAUAUCCCAAGGCCGAAUGGAUCUGGUGGCUCGACCUCAACACCUUCGUCAUGGAGCCAAGCUACUCGCUCCAAGAUCACAUCUUCGACAACCUCGAGAAACAUAUAUAUCGAGACAUCAACGAAUACAACCCCCUAAAUAUUACCCACCCCUUGACCGACCAAUACCUCGACGAUGACGAGCGAAGUCCCGUAGGGGACGGAAACGCCAACUCGGUCAAUCUAAUCCUGUCGCAGGACUGCUCCGGGUUCAACCUGGGCUCCUUCUUCAUUCGUCGAAGCACGUGGACGGAUAGGCUGCUAGACAUCUGGUGGGAUCCAGUGGCGUACGAGCAGAAACAUAUGGAAUGGGAGCACAAGGAGCAGGAUGCCCUGGAGCAGCUGUACAUCUCGCAGCCGUGGAUUCGGAAGCAUACCGGUUUUUUGCCGCAGCGCAUGAUCAACAGCUUCCCCACCGGGGCGUGCGCCGAAGGCGGGAAGAACCCUAGGAUUCAUUACGACGAGAAGGACAGGGACUUCCUCGUCAGUAUGGCCGGCUGCGAGUGGGGGCGCGACUGCUGGGGCGAGAUGUACAACUUCCGCGAGCUGAGCUACUACCUGAACCGGACAUGGUGGGAGCGCUUCAAGGAGGACUUCCUGGCCAUGAUUUGGUUCAAGCUCACCGGCCAAAAGGUCAAGUUUUAA